AUGGGAAACACACGAAGGGAAGUGGGAAGAAAAAAAAAGUCUCGCGUCGAGAGGCGUCGAGAGCGGGGAAAGCGGCGAUUGGAUCUUUUGGAGUCCCUUUCCGGCACCGGUGCUUUUCCUCUCUUCUUCCUCCCCGCCAUUACACGGAUUCGCUUCUCGGACUAUGUAGUCAUCGGGCUCUUUAUCGAGCCUUGUGAUGCCUUGAUACAGAUACUCUCCCUCGCAACCGGCUUUUCUCGAAGUUUUGCUGCGAGCAAUCCCAGCCAUCGGCUCAAACCCUCGUUCUUUCCUUUUGACCUGACCUCCAGGGCUUCUCUCCCAACUUUCUUUCAAUCCUUAUCCCUCCCGCCUACCAUGUCUCCCCGUCGUUCCUCUCGGGCUCGCACGUCCCAGCCCUCUCCUGCUCUGCCACAGCAUACCAACUCCUCCUCUAGCUCUUCGAAUUCUCACACUCGGGAAAGGAGCACACGAUCAAACCAUAAAAAUCCCUCUCCUCACACAUCCUCCGGUCAUCGGUCUCAGUCUAUCGAUGAUGCUGAGACCGGAUCAAAAGACCUCCCGCAAACGCGGCAACGCCAGCGCGCCCACGAAGACGAGGAGGAUGAGCCACACGAUGAAGACGAUGAAGACCUCGAUGAUGACGAGGAAGAAAUAACUCGGUGUCUCUGUGCUCAGCAAGAAUAUCCGGGGCUGCCUCAUUCUCGUCGCGAGGCGCUCGGUCGCGGCACCAUCAAGCUGGAGGCACUUCAGGGCCCUCUGGACCCAUCGGAUCCUCUUUCAGAUGAGAUUGGGAGCAUGUUCAUUCAGUGUGAUCUCUGCAAAGUCUGGCAGCAUGGUGGCUGUGUUGGUAUUAUGGACGAGGCAACGAGUCCAGACGAAUAUUUCUGUGAGGAGUGUCGGAAAGAUUUGCACAAGAUCAAAGACGAACCUAAUGGUACACGCUCGUCAACCUACCUCCCUGUCGCGCCAGCAGCGGCCGCACCAGCUCCUCCCCCACCACCACCACCACCGCCUCCUCCUCCCCCUCCUCCCGCGCCAGUAUUACCCCCCGCGUUGCCAGCUGUGGCCCCAUCUCCGGCGCCGUCUUCCCGGGCUUCAUCAAGGGAGAUUCCCAGGGAGACCUCGCGCCGGUCAAAGGAUCCCAAAUCUCGGAAUAGCGACAAGGCUAGUGAAAGUGCCGCUGCUCAUGCCAAGCGGCGGUCAACUAUGAACAGUCGAGAUGCCGCAUAUGACGAAGAAGAAUUGAUUCGACGCGCUAUUGAAGAGAGCAAGACCGAUACGAAAAGCAACCCUGAUGAAACAGAGACUCGCCUCGGAAAGCGAAGUCGAAGUGACAGUGUAACCAACAGAGAUGCAACAAAACGCCCUCGAACUACGUCACCAUCACCUGGCGCUGUCUCAAAACGUAGUAACUCCGCCUCUCAUGUACCCUCCGACGAUGAGUCUAAACCAAAGGCUUCAGUCAACGGGAAUGGGACCCGGAGACAGCGAGCUCCAUCUCGAAGCCAGCCCGAUAAAGUGCAUGCGAAAGAGGCCGACGAGGGCGAGACAGAGGCCCCUGAUGCCUCGAAUCGGCGCAAGGAGAGAACAAAUCGGCGCAAAGGAGAUGAGUCCGAUCAUGAAAAUGGAUCUCCGACUAAGACUGUGCCGCCCGAGCCCGAGCCUUCACAAGCAAGCCCUAAUACUCCAACACCCCAAGAACCUACUCCUGCCCGUCCGUCCACUCGCAAGUCUGGCAGACCUCCAGCUCGUCGCGGCCGCGUUGGUCGAAACCAAUAUACUAAAGAUCGGGACACGAACGGCAAUGGGGAUGCCGGUUACAUGGCGAAUUCACCGCGCCGAGGCCAUUCGCACGAAAUUGGCGGGGACUCUCCGCGUAUCGGAUACGGAAUGAAUGGAACACAUACCAACGGCGGGGAGUCGGGGCGACCCAGCAAGCCCCGCCACAUGCACCCGCAGCGAACUACCAUGAAUGAGAUGAAGCGCCGAGUCGCCGCGAUCCUUGAGUUCAUCUCGCGCAUGCAAGUUGAGAUGGCAGUCGCCAGCGAAAACUCAUCGACGCCGACUGGUAACGGCGACCGAGCGCAGGGCCUGCUUUUGAAAAGCAUGGUUGAUCAAAUUGACAGUGCCAUGCCGUCAGCCGGCAGUGACGGCGGCGAGUCCGCUCCUGCAACCACAGAUGGCGGAUACGGCGAAUCCAACCACGAAAAAGAUUUCAAGGAACUCAGCAGCGUCGAGAUGAUGGACGUGCUGACUCGCCAUCUGCUCAAGUGGCAGCAGGAGUAUGGCAAGUUCGGAGAACGGUAG